AUGUCUGAUGACAGUUUAGUGGCCACUAGAGCUCGUCGAGCCAAUGCUGGUUCGAGGUUGAAAAGGUUAAUAGAGUUGGAAGAGCAGACGAUAGAAGAAAGACAAUCCAUAGUGUAUACGGAAGAUGACGAGAACGUAAACUUACUCUUCCAAGAAGACGAGAAUGACGAGGAGUUUGAGGACAGUGAAGAAGACGGCGAAGGUGAAGGAGACGAGGAUGAUGAUGAAGACGACGGCGGUGAAGAGCGAGAUAUCGAGGCAGAGAGAGGAGAGGGUGGAGACUCUGAUGAAGGCGAAGGCGAUGACGAUAACGGAGCGGGCCCAAAGAAGAGAACGAUAGAAAAGGUCGAUGCUGACGAUGUUUUAUCAGACUCUGAGAUAUCAGAAACAGAUUCCGAUCAAAGUGAGGGGGAAAAGGAACUCGAUAAGCAAGAGAAGCUUAAACAGAGGAAGCUAAAGAAGAAGAACAAGCUUAUCCCUGCGAUCAAGCAACCAAGACCUCCCGCUUCUGCGAAGAAAGUGGUCAAGAAACCUAAAUUGGAGUUUACGUCAGAAUCCUUGUUGAAUUCUAAGAGGUCUUCCUCCAGAUCAGCAGUUGUUGAGAGCAAGCAGGCGUUGGCCAGGAGAUUGAAAGCUGAUGAGGAAAGAAGAGCCUUGCUCAAGCCGGUAAUUCGACACAAAGAGGUUGAAAUGACUCAAGAGGAGAGGUUGGCUGAAGCUGUGGAAACUGAAAAGGCGAAUGUGAUAUCUUUAAAUGAAUUCAGAGAACAAGAGAUUGUCAAGAAAGAAACUCAGAGGCAGAUGCUCAUGCUGAAAAGAGUUAAGCUCGUAAAUGUGAUCCGAAUGGUUAGCGAAGAGCACUUUAUCACUCCUUUUGAUGAGAUAACUGAGGCAAGGAGGGUUUUUGAAAAGGAAAACUUGAAAUUAAAGAGAAAACCUGGUAGAAAGAAGAAGAAUUUGGAAGAAGUAGAACAACAACAACCGGUUUUAAGACCCCCAGGAAGUAUUGACCUAGACUUACCGUUGGUGAAAGAAGAGAUGGAGAGGGAGAGAAUUGAGGGAGAAAAGAGGGCCUUAGAGGAAAAGGAGAGAAGAGAAGCUGAGGAAAAGGAGAAGUUGGAAAAUGGAGAAGUGGAUACGGUACUGGAACAACAAAAAGGUGAAGAAGAAAAUAGCAGCAAUGUGGAUGUAGAAAACGAAAAGAAACUGGAAAACUUGGAAGAUGAAGAUGAAAGUAAGGACGAUGGUGAAGGCGAAAAGGUAGAAAAAGAAGAAAAAGCUGAACAAGAUGGAAAGACGAAUGACGAAGUUGAAGAAAAGUCAGUAGAAACAGAGGAAGGUGGAAAAACAGAUGAUGCAGAUAACAAUGGCCCUGAGAGGGUACCUGGAAGUCCGCAUGAAACGAAUGCUGAUGCUGAUGCAGCGGCAAAUGAGGAUAAUGCAGUUGCUAAAAACGAUAAUGAUAAUAAUGAGAAAGAUGAAGGGGAGCUGGAGCCAAACGAAAAUAAGGAUGCAAGUACUGGCGAUCAUAAUACGAACCUCGAAGAUGAAAUUAAAAUAGAUGCCAUAGAGGUGGACGGUAAAGCUGACUCAAAAGAUGAGACUAGUGAGACCGACCCCGCAACUGCAGUUAAAGAAGAGGAGGUUGCUAUACAAGAUGGUGAUAAGAUGGACAUAGAUGAAGAUAAUGAAAUUAAAAACGAAAUUACGACUGACGAUAAAGAAAGCCUUAUCGAUGAGGUUCAUACUAACGACCUGGAUAUUGUCAAGACCGAAGUAGAUGGAAAAGGCGACAAAGGUGAAAAGAGGGUGAAAUUUGUAGACGAUUUGGUGGAUGGGGAAAAGAUAGAAGUGACUGCAACGCCAGAGCCAGAAGGAGAACCCAUUGACGAUGAAGACGAUACUCCAGUCACUGAAGAGGAAAUAUUCGAAGGGCCAGCCGAAAGAGUUAGCAGAAACAUGAUUUAUUUAAUUGACUUCGAUGAUGAAAAGGAGCAUAAACUCAUUGACAGUAACAUCAAGACUAUUCUUUUCGGUAAACAAUCAUUGCUCCCUGCAUCUCGAAGAUUCAAGGAUUUGAAGCAGAUUGCCAAGAUAGGAGAAAGCGAAAAUCCAUAUCUUACAAUUACUCACAGAAAGGAUGAAUUGUUUGAGCCGGUGACCAAUUUAACAGAGAAUGACUCCUUGUUUGAAGAACUUAAAAGAUUACCAAGGUUUGGAGAUUUCGAAGAUAUUGUAGAAGAAGAGGAAGUUAACGACGAGGAAGUCACUUCAGAAAUUGUCCUAAAGACUGAAGCUCCAACGUCUCUUUAUUUGCCCAAUGGUAAUAAGAAGAACUGUCUCAUUACGGGAACUGAGGUCAAAUACUUCGAUCCUGCUAACGGUAUACCUUAUAGUAGCGUGGAAACGUACAGGUUAUUGAAGCAGAUAGAGCAAGGAAAUGUUCCCUGGUAUAGUUUUGGCAAUGAUGCUAACGAUGGAGGUGGUGCGGAAUUGUACUUGGGAAUGAGAGAAGGUGCAAGACAUGCUAAAGGUGUGCCUGAAGGAUUCGACGCAUAG